GGCAGGGGCAGGGUCCUGGCCUGCUCUCCCCUCUGGCCCUCGGGGGAAGCUGUCAGAAGCACCCGAGCCGGCUGGUGCAGCUCUACUGCCGGAUGUGCCGCCAGGCAGGAUGCGGGCAGUGCGUCUCUGAGGAGCACCAAGGCAUCUUCCACUCUGUCAACCUCAUAGACACUGUGUACCAGGAGGAAAAAUUAACCUUCUUCAGCAGUCUGAAAAAACUGAGAAUAAUAAAUGAGAAGCUGGUGAACGAAAUCUCAAGUCAACCGAAUGAUACGGAUAUGGUGCUGAACAACGAUGCAGAGAUAAUUGCACUGGAAUUUGGAGAAAUUUUCAAAACUCUGGAAAUGAAGAAACGGCAAUUGCUAGAAGAUGUUGAAAAUCAAAGAAGUAAAAAAGAGAAAGAAUUUCAGAUUUGGAAGAAAAUGAAGGAAACUCACAAGAAGACCAUUGAGAAUUUUUUGAAGGAUUGUGAAAAGCUUGUCCAUGAGUGUGAUCCUCAGCGUUUCCUGGAGGUGGCCUGUGGCUUGAAUACAAGAAUGAAAACUCAGCUUGACCUGAUGAAUAUAGCAUCUAGCUAUGAAAAACCACCAGAGUAUACUCAAAAGAAGAUGGAUAUCAAACCUGUGGUUAAUGAAAUCUUGGCUCUGAAGUUAAUGCCGGUUAACGUAGGCAUUGUUAAAGAUUUACCUUCUCGAGGAAACGAGAACUCAACAAAACCCACUCUAUUUAAAAAUAACAUAAAGCAAUGGCAGGACCGGAAGAAUAUACCCAACACAUUUCUUCCUGUGGCAGGACAGGAGGAAGCACUAGCAGAUGGUAGCAGGAUCUGUACUCGCUUAAUGUCAAUAUCAGAAAUGUCAGCGUUUCAAAACAUGAGUCAUGAGGAGUUACGUUACAAAUACUAUAUGGAACGUCAGAAGCUCACCGAUGAGUUGAAGACACAGACUUUACCUGCAAAUAAAAAAUAUAAAUUUGUAACUGCUGAGGCUUUGAAGGAUAGGUCCUCAGGAUCUCCUUUUGUGUCUUUACCUACCAAAGCAAAUAACACAGAUAAAGUAAAAAUGGGAACCCUGCAAAGAGCAGAUGUCUUUGAGAGAAGUUUUUCUGGAAGCAGUAAUCACAGCAUCCCAUCCACAAGUAUGAACUUUUUGGAAACAAAAAGUGACUUAAAGUUAUUUCAGGAGAGAAGUUCCCAGGAAGUAACCACUCCAGCCUUAUCAGAAAACUCGAAAGACUUAGUAAGUAAAGAAAAAUUGCCAAUGCAGGCAUCGGCAUUUAUUGUUUCCAGUGAAAUGGACACAAAUUCUAGCACUUCAUCCGUCUUAAAAGAAGCAGCAUCAGUAGCUGUUACUGUUUCAAAUUCAGAAUUUCUAGAUGUUUCUACAGAGAGACUUUCUGCUUUACCUUUUGCUUUCAGUGCAUGUAACAACUCAUUACCCAGAUUUAUUAAAGAUGCACGUACAUUCUCCUUUAAAAAGAAAGACAGGAAAAAUGUUUUCCCUCAGUUUUAUCUAGGAAAAUGUGAUCAUGUGGAUAAAGCCGAUGAUCAGGAUGAAAGCAAACUUAGAAAACACGUUCCUAUAACCAAAACCACAGCUUCUGAUGCUUCAACCAGUCUGAAUUUAGACUCAGCAGAAAGUGAGAAGCCAGAUUUUUCGUUUCCCCUUGGUAAUCCAGAAAGAGAUUGUUUUGCAGGAUUGGGAGUCAGCAAUUCCUUUAAGGUUUUACCAUUAUCCUCAUUUUUUAGCCAAUCUGAGGAGCCAUCUGACAAAAAUACAUCAUCUCACAUGAGAGAAAAAAAGCUUUUGGCAAAGGAAACUGCAGAAUACGGUACACUGAAACCAUCUGUCUCAUGGGAACAAAAAGCUAAUGCCUCAGAAUCCAUCAUGACUGUAGCUUGCAGUACUUCAGAAACCAACUCUGCAGCUGGGGUGGAUGAUGUCUCAGAGUCCCCCCUUCUCCCCAGUAACUGUGUAUUUUCCUUCAGACAUAACUGUUUUCAGUUGCCUUCACCAGUAUUUUCAUUUGGAAGUAUUGUCAGAAAUACCUCUGAUUCACUGACUUCCUCUGUGUUUUUGUCUGGAAAUGGUACUGAAAAAAUGGAAAAAGAGAAGAUGAAACCUCCUGACAAGAUACCUCUCGAUCUGGGGAAGCCUGUAUCUUCAGAGUGUGCAGAGCCUGCUUCUAGACAUAGUCAACCAAAAUGUGAAGGUUCAUUCUUUCCUAUGAACUCCUCUAAGAAAGAUGAAAGUGCAGAAAUGCUUGCUGAUAGUAAUUCUUCUCAUAGUCAGCCUUUGUGUUCAGUUGUCCUUCCUGUUAAAUACGAGAAUGCAUCUUCCACUCAACUUACAGCAACAAAACAAGAAACAAAGGUAAAAGAUGAAGAAAGUGAAACUGUUGCUGAAAAUAACUGUUCCUGUCCUAGGAGGGAAGAUGAACCUGUGACUUUACAGUCUCAGAAUGCAGCUUGUUCUGUUCCUGGCGCAUGCAGUGAUCCAUCUUCAGGAGGUUCUGUGCUAACAGUAAAUGAGGCAGGAGGGGUGCCGAGCGACAGUGAUUCUGACACUGAAGAGCUAAGUCAAACAUCUGUCUCUACUGAUACCAGCAGUGCAUCAGAAUAUUUUUCUGUUGCUGAAGACAAAGUAUCUACUAGAAGAAAAUCGGAGACAUGAAGAGUGAGUGACAUAGAAGAUAACUAUACUUAAAUAAGCUGGAAUUAAAUAAAUGCUACUUAACACAUUAAAAAGUGGGGAUACCUGUGAUUUUUACAGCUGUUAUUCUCCCUGAUUCUUGCCAAUUGAGGUAUCUCUGUGUUAGAAACAUAACUGCUUAUCAGCAAGUACAGCAUACUAAAGUGUUUUUAUAGUACAAACCCAAACCGAAGAAACAACCAAAAAUGUCAUGUCUUGUUAAGACUCAAGUAUGACUGUAUAUGCUGCAUCUUUAAGAAUGCAGACCUUUGGAGAAGUGCUCCUGGGCUAUGGGGAGGGGGACAGCGACACAACAACUGAGGUGUCCGAGAAAGCAGGUUUGGUGAAGCCUCGGCAACAGGAAGCAGUGUAUCGCUGUUCCGGUACAGCAGCACUUGCACUAGGGUGAAAUCAGUGAGAGGGUAUUGCCAACAGCGUUCCCUUUGCAGGGAGGCAGGGAGGAGAACCAUGGGGCAAAUUGAGGAUGUUGAAGGGUGUUACUGGAAGUCAUUUUGUGU